AUGAAUUCUGUUCCGGCUACACAAAGAAAUCCAUUAGUUUAUUUAGAUAUUGCAAUUGAUGGAGAACCAGCCGGACGUAUUGUGAUAAAACUAAGAAGUGAUAUUGUGCCUAAAACAGCUGAGAAUUUUCGAGCAUUGUGUACAGGGGAAAAGGGCAGAGGUGCUUAUGGAAAACCUUUACAUUUUAAAGGCACUAAGUUUCAUAAAGCUAUCUCACAAUUCAUGAUCCAGGGCGGCGACAUUAUCAACAAUGAUGGAAGCGGCGGUGAAAGCAUAUACGGGCCUACAUUUAAGGAUGAAAAUUUUAAAUUAAAGCACGAGCAAGGUGUACUAAGCAUGGCGAACAGCGGUACACCUCACACGAAUGGCUCGCAGUUUUGCAUAACGACAGAGACCUGUUACCAUUUGGACGGGACGAAUGUUGUCUUCGGCCGUGUGUUAGCGGGUAUCGGCAUUGUUCGAGAGAUCCAGCGCUACGGCGACUCUGAACACGGCCGGCCCACGGUGGAUUGUGUGAUACAAGACUGUGGCGAGAUUUUAACUAGUAGUUGGGACGUGUGCUGCCGGGACGGUACUGCCGACUGCCUGCCCGAGUAUCCUUCAGAUCACCAGGAUCACAAUAUCAGUGUAGCUGAAUUAAUAUCGUGUAUAAAGGAUAUAAAAAAUGUAGGUAAUUGUUUUUUUGGCGACGGCGAAUACAAAUCAGCCGUUAGAAAGUACCAAAAGUGCCUGAGGUAUUUGAACCACGUUUUUAAUGACACAGAGAAUAUAAAGGAGACUGAAACGCGGGAACACUUGCAAGAAAUUAGAACAACGUACUUAUUACAAUGCAAUCUGAAUUUGGCGGCGUGCUACAUGAAGUUGGAGGAUUAUAGAGCUUGUGUAAACUUUUGUACCGAAGUGCUGGAAUUAGAUCCUAGAAACGAAAAGGCCUUAUACAGGCGCGGUCAAGCGAACUACGCUCUCAAAAACUACGACGACGCUCUCAUGGACUUGAAACAAGCUGAAAAAAUAUCGCCCAACAACAGGGCGGUCCACAAACUGUUAGACGAAAUUAUUUGUACGCAGUUACCGAGUCUAGUAAAAGCAGCUCCCAAGGAACUUCCCAUAGUAUGGUCAACUCUAAUGGAUUUAUUGAACGACGUGGCCCUUAAGGUGGCUAAAGAGGCCAAAGGUGUCGGCAAUAUCAUGAAUGUAUUCUUUCAAAAAACUGGACCAUAUUCUAGAGUUCUGUCUUGGGACAUAUCGGAUUUUUAA